AUGUCUCAUGCCGUUAGGGUUCUCACAGAAGAACUGAGGAAUAUCCCUGAGGGUAGCACUGUCGUGUUCUUUGGUGGUGGUUUCUAUCAGAAACACGUUGCUGGUAUCGCCAGACAGAUAUCCGAGUCACGGUCUUUAAAUGUCAUCGAUCUCAAUCUGGCAGAUUGUGCGGCAGUAUCGCUUGACCUAGCACUACGGCAUAUAUUGAUUGCUCGUGGUGCUGCCGCAGCACGUGCGAAAGGUUUGACAGAAGACGAGUUCCACAAACAAGGUGCAGCUAUAUAUCUCCAGAUGAUCCAUCCAAUCUUUGGUAGCAAGGCCACAGUGGCGUUGAUGCUGCGAGGGGAGUCUCUGGGUCCCAAGCCGUUGAAGAAUUGGGUCGAUAAACAUAUCCGACCCAAGCUCCGUCUCAUCUGUGACCCGUCCUUUGAUAGAGAGGACAUGUCUAAUGACCCAAUUGACUUGGCCAAGUGCUACGAUAUCCACACGCUAGGCAACAAAUGGCCCACACCGCGCACUUCUGUUACGCUCGAGCGGAGCCAUGAUACUCUCACGUUCAAGAUCAAAGGAAUUUAA